AUGGGCAAGGCGAAGUACAUCAUGCUCGACUGCGACAACACGCUCGUCCAGUCUGAGCGUUUUGCGUUCGAGGCCUGCGCCGACCUCACCAACCAGGUCAUGGAGAGGCACAACAUCGAUGCCCGCUACACAGCCGAGUCAUUGCUCGAGGACUUCGUCGGCCACAACUUCCGUGGCAUGCUCAAGGGCCUGCAGGAGAAGCACAAGUUCAAGAUGCCCGACGACGAGAUGGAGGACUUUGUCGCACAAGAACUCGGCGCCGUCACUCUCAAGCUCAGCCAGAAGGCUGUCGAGUGCCCUGGCGUGACCGAGCAGCUCACCAAGCUCAAGGAGGAGGGCUACCCUAUGUCUGUUGUCUCUACUUCCGCCAAGAGCCGCGUCGUCGCUUCCAUCGAGAAGGCCGGCAUCGCCCACUUCUUCCCUCCUGAGCACGUCUACUCUGCUGCCACCUCACUCAACCCUCCCUCUUCCAAGCCCGACCCCAAGAUCUACCUAUACGCUGCCGAGCAGCUAGGCGUCAAGCCUUCCGAGGCCAUCACCGUCGAGGACAGCAAGAGCGGUGCCACUGCUGCCAUGCGCGCCGGUAUCCCCUGCAUCGGCUACGUUGGCAUCUACGGCAUUGAGGAGGGCAAGGACAAGAUGGACCAGAUGGCUAAGCUUCUCACCGAGGAAACCAAGUGCGCUGCCAUCAUGUACGAUUGGAAGGACUUCCCAGAGUGCUUGAAGAAGGUCGAGGCCAAGUUGUAA